GAGGAACCCCCAGCCCGCACCAUGCCCCGCUCCUUCCUGGUCAAGAAGAUCAAAGCAGACGCUUUUCAGCCCUGCGAGGUCCCGGCUCCCAGCUACCAUGCCCUGGAAGCGGCUUAUGUGCUGGCCGGGUCCCGGGUGGGCAGCGGCCCCGGGGCCGAGCAUGGGUAUAGCCAACAUUGCCUCACUCCCUCCGACUAUGAGCCUGACAAGAAACAAGGGUUUCAGCUGGUGUCUUCAGACCCGGUCUACGCCCCGGCUCACGAGGAGUACAGCGACCCCGAGAGUCCCCAGUCGAGCCUCUCUGCCCGCUACUUCAAUGGCGAAUCUGCAGUCACAGACAGCUACUCCAUGGAUGCUUUCUUCAUCACUGACGGCCGCUCCAGGCGACGCAGCGAGAGCCAGCGGCGUGGGAACCACCGCCACUCGUGUAACGAGUGCGGCAAGACCUACGCCACCUCCUCCAACCUCAGCCGGCACAAGCAGACCCACCGCAGCCUGGACAGCAAGAUGGCCAGGAAGUGCCCCACCUGCGGCAAGGCCUACGUCUCCAUGCCCGCCCUGGCCAUGCACAUCCUGACCCACAACCUCAAACACAAGUGUGACGUGUGCGGCAAGGCCUUCAGCCGGCCCUGGCUUCUGCAGGGCCACAUGCGCUCGCACACGGGCGAGAAGCCCUUCGGCUGCUCCCACUGCGGCAAGGCCUUCGCCGACCGCUCCAACCUGCGGGCCCACAUGCAGACCCACUCGGCCUUCAAGCACUACAAGUGCAAGCAGUGCGAGAAGACCUUCGCCCUCAAGUCGUACCUCAACAAGCACUACGAGUCGGCCUGCUUCAAGGGCUCCGAACACAGCUGUGCAAUAGAGAACUGA